AUGAAAUAUCUAUCUGUCUAUCUAUCUAACUCUCUCUCCCUCUCUCUCUCUCUCUGUCUCUGUCUCUCUCUCUCUCUUAAAAAGUCGUCGUCUUCUUCUUCAAUUACUCCUCCUUCUUCUCCUCCUCUUCCUACUUCUUCUUUACUUCCUUCCUCUCCUUCUUCACCUUCUCCCCCCUUCUUCUUCUGCUCUUCCUCCUUCUGCUUCUUCUUUUCUCCUUCUCCUCCUCCUUUUUUUCACUUCUUCCUCUUUCUUCUUCUCCACUUCCUCUUUCUCUUCCUCAUCUUUCUCCUUCUCUUACUCCUCCUCCUCUUUAUUCCUCUUCUUCUUCUUCUUCUAUCUCCUUCUUCUCCUUCUCUUCCUUCUUCUUCAAUUCCUUCUUCUCUUUCUUCUCUUUCUUCUUCUUCUCCUCCACCUCCUCCUUCUUCUCCUUCCUCUUUCUUCUUCACUUUCUCCUCCUUCUUCCUCACCUAUUCCUCCCCUUCUCCUUCUCGAAUUCCUCUUUCUCUUCCUCAUCUUUCUUCUUCUCUUCCUCCUACUCCUCUUUCUUCCUCUUCUUCUUCUUCUUCUUCUUCUUCUUCUAUCUCCUUCUUCUCCUUCUCUUCCUUCUUCUUCAAUUCCUCCUCCUUCUUCUUCUCUUUCUUCUUCUUCUUCUUAAAUUUCACCUCCUUCUUCUUCACCUUUUCCUCCCCUUCUCCUUCCCCACUUCCUCCUUCUCUUUCUUCUCUUUCUUCUUCUCCUCCCCCUCCCUCUCCUUUUAUCUCGUCUUUUUUCUUUCUUUUCUUUCAUCUUGUUCCUCUUUUAUGCGUCGUUUCCCGUCAUUAA